ACUGACGGGGAUGGGGUGGAGGGGCCGGAUUGCCAUAGAAACAGUGACAAAACAAGCUGGUCCCAGAGCAAGAGAGACACAAAAACAUGCUUCAAAUCCGGGACGGAAUCUCUGUAUCGAUCACUGCAAUUUAGUUAGAAGAAACUGUGUGCCAAAGGAGGAGGAAGACUUAUGUGAAAGGAUGGAUGCAGCUUCAGUUGGGUAGAAGAAAAGGCAAUAAGACAUACUGGAGCAGUAUAAAAGCACUCAAUUCUUUCAGAGGGACGUUUGGACCAGAACUCAGUUGUGCUGGCGGUUAUUGCUCGACUGGAUAUCACAAUGAACUCCGACACUCAGUAUGAGGACUCAGUGUCCAUCAUGGUUCUGGAGAACAUCAAGAACAAGCUGUUACAUGCUUUCAGAACAUCAGCCGAACCGAGAACCUCUGCUGAGACAGCCAUUCAUCCAAUCGGAAAGAGUUUACAAGUAAACGAAGAGCUUCGGAGAGCCAAAAUAGACGGAGCCAUAACUUGGUUAAGAUCAGAACUGCUGGAGAUGCGCUCUCAGGACCGUCAGCUGGCUCAGACUCUGCUGGGACUCAAUAAGGAGAUUCAGAGGCUCAGACGGGAGAACGGAUCUCUGCUCCUGGACGCUGACAGCACUGAGCACCUGUGACCCCACAGAGCAGAGCAGGGCUUAAUGAGAGAACAAUGCCCUGGUGAGCAGAUGGGUCUAGAGGAGUGUAACACAAAUAACUCUCCUGUCCUGGAGUGCACUUUGCUGGCACUUUGUUUAAAAUGUCUUGUUGGGAAAAAUACUGAAAGCAUGUUCAUGUAUGUGAAAUCUUGACCAAAUAUCAGUCGAACCGGGUGCUGAGAUUUGUACUCAGAACUACAUUUACAUCCCUUUACACCUGGCAUUAACAUACUUUUUGAUCAGAUCACGAUUGGAAAGCACUUGACCACAGGGGUAAAUGCAUCCAAGACACAUUGUAAUCAUAAAACCACAUCAUUCUAGGAUGGAUUCUGACCCCUCAUUAGCAUUGGAAUGACAGUGUAAAUGCAAUGCAGUUAAAAAUAUCCUAUAAUUAAAUGUAUAUAUAUCUAAUAUUCAGAUAGAAAACAUCUUAAUACCAGAUGUAAAGGGAACUAGCCUUAAGAAGGUUAGUUGAGAUUUGAAUGCUUGGCAUAGAUACAAUUUCUAUGAUUAAUUUGUUUAUAGAAGAUGUAGCUCAUAUCUGUUCUUACUACUAAUGAGAUUGUGUGAUCAUCUGCUGUAUGACUGAUAAACCAAGUGUUGAUAUUUGUUCAGCUUUGAACAUGGAAUUAUUAGCAUAGCAUAUGCAAUGGGUACAAAAACAUUUCAUCAUCUGUUUAUUAAAAUGUCUUGAUGAUUUAAACUCCUUAUUGCAUCAUGAAAUGAAUAAUCUCAACAUUGAUCCAGUUUGUAGGUUUUUAUUACCAUACUUGUGAUACUAGUAUGAUACUAAGUAUGAUGUCAAAGCAUGUCAUAGCAUAUCAUUAGUGAUAUUUGUCCCAGAAAAAUUAGAUUAUCAGUGAAAAAAAAAAAAAAAUGUGUUCUUUAUUUUCCAAUGACUCUCAUAAUACAAUUGAAUGAGUUGUUCAUUGUUCAACUUUCAAGACAAUAUU